GAGUGCACAAUGUCUCAUUUGGGAAGGCAGUACACAUGACUCCCGAUUUUGAUGCUCAGUUUGAUGGUCUAUUUGGAAUGGCAUUCCCAUCGUGUCAAGCCCUGGACUUGAGCCGCCAUUUUUUACCAUGGCACGCCAACGCCUGCUCAACGAAAACCAUUUAGUUUUACACUUGGUGAGAAAGGAGGACGGCUUGACAUUGGCAGGGCUUCUGAAGUGCAAGGCCAGAACACACAUCCUGGGUAAAACUGGUCAAACCACAUUUUGGGCAGUUAAUGUCAAUGGCAUUGAGGUUGAGAUGAGUCAUACUACAGCAUCAGCACCAGCACCAGAAGUUUUAGCAUAUAACCAGUCCUCAGUUUAUAAACGAGAAGUGUUACCACUACUGUCCCCUCAGAUCAGGAUACUUGAGAAGCGCCAGCUACCACUUGCAGAUGAGUAUCAAGACACCACAAUCAGCAUACGUGGAUCAGGUCUCUUUGACUCUGGAACCACCACAAUUCUGUGCCCAUCCCAAAUUGCCACCCGAAUCAAUCGUCUGAUUGGUGCCUCUGAUAAUGGCCUACACGUCAACUGCAGUGCUUCAACUACUGGUCCAAUCUUUCACUUUACAGUUGGAAAUGGGCAUGCUGGAAACAGCUUUACCAUUCCCUUAUCUCCACACCAGUACAUCCUUGGUGAUGGCAAUCCAACACAUGGCUGCAUGUCUGCAUUCCAGCCAGGUGGCCCUCAAGACAGGUGGGUUCUUGGGUUACCAUUUUUUGUCAACCGCACCUUGACAUUUGAUAUUGACAAUGGGCGCAUUGGCUUCAGCCAGCUCCAUAACAAUGCUUCAAUGUUUAAUAAUAAUGGUGAAGUCAUUAACGAGCAAGGAAGUGGAUUUGGCAUUGCCUCUGAAGAUUUUGGUGGUUACAAAGAUGGACCUGCCCCAGCUAAGCACAAUAAAUUCUAA